AAUAAUCUCAACCAAUAAACAAGGUGGAAGAGGGCAGACGGAUACCGUUUGCCAUUUGUGUGUUUACAACUUCCAGUUAAUUAACCAUCGUCGAAGACACAGCUGCUGCUUUUUUUACAACAACAGAGUCCCUGGUUACCUUCAACAAGGCUAGCUUUUAGCGUUUGUUGGAGCUUCCGCAGAGGUGCUACAGACAGAAGUAAAUAAACCACACCAUGUUGCCUGACAAAGAUGGUCCAGGUGUUGGAGGAGGACAUGGCUCCUCUGGAGGAGAAGACCCCUCUGUAAGUCUGUUCAGAGACUACCUCCGUCUCAAAACUGUCCACCCUGAGCCUGACUAUGAUGCUGCGCUCAGGUUUCUGGACAGAAUAGCUGAGGAGCUUGAAUUACCCAUGAAAAAGAUUGAGGUUUGUCCAGGCAGAGUUGUAUCAAUCAUGACAUGGGAAGGGACAAAACCAGCAUUGAAAUCCAUCUUACUGAAUUCCCACACAGAUGUUGUGCCUGUUUACCAGGAACAUUGGAAAUGCGAUGCUUUCAGUGCUUUCAAAGAUGCAGAGGGCAACAUUUAUGCCCGGGGAACACAGGACAUGAAAUGUGUAACAAUACAGUAUAUUCAGGCAAUCCGACGACUGAAAGCAGGGGGCUGGAAACCGACACGCACGGUUCAUUUAAUGUUCGUUCCUGAUGAAGAAGUCGGAGGUCACAAGGGAAUGGAAACAUUUGUGACACAUUCAGAGUUUCAGAAGUUAAACAUUGGCUUUUCUCUUGACGAAGGUCUGGCCAAUCCUGGUGAGGCCUUCACUGUGUUCUAUGGAGAAAGAAACCCUUGGUGGAUUACUGUCCACUGUCCUGGAAGUCCAGGUCAUGGAUCCAGGUUUGUGGAAAAUACAGCUGCUGAGAAGCUGCAACAAGUCAUUAACUCCUUCCUGGACUUUAGAGAGAAGGAGAAACACAGGCUGAACACCAGCGAGUGUUUCACAUUGGGGGAUGUCACCACAGUGAACAUGACCAUGGUUAAAGGGGGCGUGGCCUACAAUGUCAUCCCAGCUGAAAUGGAUGUCAGCUUUGACCUAAGAAUACCUCCUACAGUAAAUCUCCAGGAGUUUGAAAGAAAGAUCCAGCAGUGGUGCAAGGAAGCAGGAGAGGAUGUCACUUAUAAGUUUGCUCAGAAACACAUGAACCAGAAUGUCACUUCAACAGACGUAAAUGAUCCCUGGUGGAGCGCCUUCAAUGCAGCCUGCAAGUCAAUGAAUAUGACUUUGGAAAAGCAGAUCUUUCCAGCUGCCACAGACAGCCGUUUCAUCCGAGCGGUGGGUAUCCCUGCUAUUGGAUUUUCUCCAAUGAACCGGACUCCCAUCCUGCUGCACGAUCACAACGAGUAUCUGAACGAGCAAGUCUUCCUGAAGGGCAUCAGCGUGUACGAGAGGCUCAUCCCAGCUCUGACGAGUGUUCCUGCCCUACCUGGCGAGGCUUAGACAACCUCGCAUUUUUAAUCCUCACUUUGAAAAGAAGAGAAAGCUUAUUUCAAAGAUGCUAUGAAAAUUGACUUAAGAAAUUAGCAGAGAUUACCAAAGAAUAACAACAUGUAUUUCAUUAAGCCAAACUGAGCACUUAACAUUGGGUGCUGUUAAUUUAUUUUAUGAUUCUCAGGAUGUAGGCACACAGUACACAGUACAGUAAAGCUUUGCAGUACUUAGUAUUGUAGCACGUUUUAACAAAUUUACUGUAUGGAAACAUUGUUGACUGAGUCUGUGCGUGUGUGUGUGUGUGUGUGUGUGUACGCGCUUGCGCGGGCCUGUGUAUGUGUGCGUGUAUAAUGUAUAAACCAUUGUUUAACAAGGGUUUUUAGUAAUAUGGAAGAAUUAACUUAUUGCAUUUUGUGAAUUACUUUCACUGAAUCUUAUAUCAAAUGUGACAUAAUUGCUUAAUUUUAAAUAAUUCUAGUCUUAAUUAAUAAACUUGAAAAUAAUA